AGCCGGAUGCGCGAUCUCAAAAGAACAUGGAAAGAUGGAUGUGGUUUCACUUCCUGAUUGUUUUGAGAAUAUUUGCGUGCAUUUCAGAGAUCUAUGUCCCCUACCAAUGUGAUGAUGGGUACUUCGGCUGGCAUUGUAAGUUUCAGUGCCAGUGUUAUGCAGAUGGAGAAGUGUGUAACAAGACAACUGGCUCCUGUCUUAGUGGUUGUGCUGGAGAUAACUGGGGACCUGGAUGCCUGCUUAAUUCAUCAUGUUAUUAUGAUUGCUGUGACGAUGAAGAGAAUGGGGGCUUUAAAUAUGCUGGGAAAAAAUAUGCUGGGAAAAUUUUAGAGGGUGGCAUAUCAACAUGUUAUUUGUGGACUAAUGCCAGUAAUCAGUACAAACUAAAGGAUGUUGAUGUUCCUGAGAUGAACAUAACUUUAGCAAGGAACUACUGCAGGAAUUCAGAGAGCCUUCCAGGAAAAAAACCCUGGUGUAAUAGUAUUGGCGGAUUUAUUUACUGUGAUAUAAGUAAAUGUGAGUGUCCUGACUACCGCUUUGAUGGGCAGAACAACUGUAACAAGGACUGUAGGUGCAGAGACAGCAGUGAGGUGUGUAAUAAGGAAACAGGUGCCUGCACAAGUGGAUGCUCAGUGGGAUGGGGAGGAACAGGCUGCCAGGACUGUACACUUGGGGAGAAACCUUCAGCCACAUCAACAGCUACUAGUCUCACAGUUAGUUGGAAUACCACAACAUGUAAUCAAUCUGGUGUGCCAGGAAUCCAGUAUGUAUUAGAAUAUGCUGAACUACUUGGUGAUACAUGGCAAUCAAUAGACAAGAGUGGAGAAGAUUGUAAUACCAAGUGUGAGGUCACAGUUUUUAACUUGCUGCCUGAUAUGGUGUACCUGGUGAGGGUGAGGAUAAGACAAGAUGAUAAUCAACUUGGCCCCUUUUUGGAGGAUGAAACCACUCGAGUUAAAACAAUGUGUGACAAGCCUCAUAGAUUUAAUUCCAGCCAGUUCCAUAUACGAGAGGUUUCAGAGUCUAAUAGAAGAGUUAUCAGGGUUACUUGGAAUAAAAUAACUGAUCAAAAUUGGAAGUGCCAGGAUAGAAGAGAGAUUAGAAUUAGGUAUAAGAAUGGAACUGAUGCUAAUGAGGUAACACAAACUGUUGCAGCCAAUGCAACAUACAGAGACUUUGACACUGCUGCCUGCACAGACUGGAAUAUCCGAAUAAAGCUUGUAAAUAAAAAGGACAAUUCUGGCUUUUCAAAGGGAAACACCAUAACAACUUCUACAGUUGUUGCACAAGUUGCCUCACUGACAAAAGGCUCCAUUACUCCCAUGUCAGCCACCAUUCAUUGGAGCCCCCCUAGAUUCACUGGCUGUAAUAUAACAGGGUACAAUAUUACAGCAUUCAGGUUACAGGAGGAGUGCAGUCAAUUGUCAGAUCACCAGACAUCUACAUUAUUGAGUGAAAUAACAACACAUUACACAUUUACAAAAUUAUAUCCAAAUUCACAGUAUGAUAUAUCUAUUAAAGCGGUUUCUGGAGCACUUGAGGGGGAUCCACAAUUGCUACAAAUCAAGACUUUAGAAGCAGCUCCUUCAUGUGCUCCUAGUCCAGAAUCAAAAACUGCUGACUGCAAGAAAAGAUCUGUUACCAUGAUGUGGGCUGAACUCCAAUGUGAUUGUCAAAAUGGACCUAUCAUUGGAUACGACUAUAGCAUUAGACCUGCAAAUGACUCUGACUGUGUCUAUGGGACUAUAGAUAAUUAUACAAGUUCUCUCUCAGUGACCAUUCAUAAGUUAGUGCCAUUUACCAGUUAUGUAUUCCGUGUGCGAGCUAAAAACAAUCAAGGGGGUGGACCCUGGAGCAGCGAGAUCCCAGUAAAAACAUUAGAAGAUGUUCCACCUAAGAUCACCGAUAUCAGAACCAACAGCAAUGCCACUGCCAUAGAAAUCCAAUGGGAGGUCCCUUGUCCAGCACAUGGGGUCAUAACCCGCUAUGAGAUAAAAUACAAGCAGAAGAAUGCUGAUACCUUCUCAGCUCCCAUAAACUGUGAUAGUUGCACUGACAUUUACUGGAUACAUAAAGGACUGCAAGCAGAUACAGACUAUGUUGUAAAGGUGAGUGCCUGCACGAAGAGUGGCUGUGGAGCAGACAGUGAUGAAUAUUUUGUAAGGACCACAGAAGGCAUCCCUGAGCCUCCAGAAAACCUAACUUUGAUUUCUGCCACACCCACAACUCUCAAUGUUUCUUGGUUAGAGCCUUGGAAGAGGAAUGGGCUGAUAAGGAAUUAUCAGGUUUCCUUUUUCCCUGUGGACCUGGACAAGAACCGAGAAAGAGUCCAGGAGGUGUUAGGUGAUCAGUUCCAUUUGGUUAUAGAAGGACUGAGACCUUCCACCCAAUAUGAAGUUCAAGUACGGGCAAAGACAUAUGAAUAUGGGGAACCUGUAAAUCAGACAUUUUGGACAGAUUUACCUAGUGUUACCUCAGAAAUAAUGCCAAUGGUUUCUAUAAGCAAAGAGGCAGUCACACCAACUACUGUUACAUUAAGCCUUUAUCCUGUUAAAUAUGAAGGGCCUAUCAAGUACUACCGUGUGGUUGUGGAAAAACAGAGUGGACCACUAAGAAAAAGAAGGGAUAUUGUCACAUUUGAUGAGUCUACCCUCACUGGCAUAGAUAAUGCAUUGCAAAAGCGUGAUACCAAGUAUAUUGCCAUUCAGUUGUCAUAUGAAGAAUUAGACCCAGACUCUGGGAAGGAAGUGGUGGUUGGAGAUGGGAAAGUGUAUGAUGGAUACAGGAAUCCUCCUUUGGUACAAAACCAGCAGUACAAGAUUUACACUGGAUUUCUAGCUGAGCUUCCAAAUGGAAAUCAGAAGUCUGCUUAUCAGGAAGUUCAGGCUAUAGAUUUAGAAGGUCUUGGUAAUGCUUUCACAGUGAAAGAUUAUAAAAGUUUGUCAUUAGGGACUGCUGUGGGAAUUGCAGUAGCAGUAGUGGUGUUGGUAUUUAUUGGUUUGGCAGUUUUUGUGAUUGUUUGGAGGAGAAGACGUCAGAAGCCAAAAAGAGAUUCCCACAACAUACCACUAACUAAGGUCCACAAAGAGAAAAACGAUGUAGUUCCUGCUUCAAAUGAAGCUGUCUCUGCUAGCUCUGAACUACACCAACCUCCUUCCACUCAAACUCCAGUUUACACUAAGCCAGGAAUCCCACCAAAACCUGACCAGGCACCGUUGCUUAUUCAAAAUGGGAAUGUUUCCAAUCCCAUCAGAGUGCAGGAUCUUGCCACAUUUGUUCAAGAUGCCAAGAAUUCUGGGUUGCUGGCAGAGGAAUAUGAGUCAUUGCCUUCUGCACAAACUGCUUCUUGGGAUGUUGCCAAAAAACCUGAGAACAAAAAGAAGAACCGCUACGCAAACAUAGUUGCAUAUGACCACAGUAGGGUUGUCCUGUCUCAGUUGCCAGGAAAUCCACACUCAGACUACAUAAAUGCAUGUCACAUGGAUGGUUACAAAAAGCCCAGCUACUUUAUUGCUGCACAAGGUGCAAUUGAAACAACCUUGGAAGAUUUUUGGCGUAUGAUAUGGGAAAAGGAUGUUAAUACCGUGGUCAUGGUAACAAACUGUGUGGAAGAUGGAAGGAGAAAAUGUGAGAAGUACUGGCCAGACACAGUACAGAGCUAUGGAAUGUUUACAGUGCACUUAGAGAAGGCAGAAGAACUGGCAGAGUACACCAUAAGAACCUUUUCUUUAUAUUUGACUGAAAACCCAAAGACUACCCGCACAGUGACGCAGUUUCAUUUCACAUCAUGGCCAGACCAUGGAGUUCCGACGUAUGCCACCUCUGUUCUGCAGUUUCACAAACGUGUAAAGAUUUUCUGUGCCCAGAUGCCAGGACCUGUCAUGGUUCACUGCAGUGCUGGAGUUGGUCGCACUGGGACUUUUAUCUUGUUGGACAUCAUUCUUGACCAAGCUCAAGAAGAAAAAACAGUGGACAUUCUUGGUCAGUUGAUGAAGAUGAGGCAGCAGAGAGUUAAUAUGAUACAGACAUUGGAUCAGUAUCUAUUUGUGUAUGAUGCAGUGGUUGAAUCAGCUAUCUGCGGAGAUACCUUCAUUCCAACUGAUCGUUUUAGUCAAGCAUUUAACAAACUGUGUAAGAUCAAUGCAGUGACAAGAACUGCUGGACUAGAAGUGGAGUAUGGGACCUUGUGCAAAAUUUCCCCAGUUUUAAAAAUUGCUGAUUGUCAGGACUCACAACUUCCUGAAAACAGCAAAAAGAACCGCUUUCCCAGUAUAAUUCCCCCUGACACUUCUCGCCCUUUUCUUAGCCCGAGAGUAGAUGGAACAAAUUAUAUCAAUGCAGUGUUUGUAGAUGGUUACAGACAGCGUAAUGCAUUCAUAGUUACACAGAUGCCUUUGUCCCAUACAGUGGUAGAUUUCUGGCGCAUGAUCUGGGAUCAUGACUCGUUCUCCAUUGUUAUGCUAAAUGAACCUGAUGAAGAUGAGACUUGUGCCGUAUAUUGGCCUGCAGAUGGCAGUAGCAUCAGUCAUGGUCCAUUCACAAUUCAGCACAAGUCCAGCCAGCUAGUCAUUGAUGACUCCAUUCGAUUGAUCACUUUACAGCUGAGUACUUAUAACAAGUUCAAGAGUGAAGAUGUGCGGACCAUCAGAUUGUUCCAAUUUCUGUCAUGGCCUCAGGGACGCUAUGAGCCCACCAAUGGGUUAGCACUGAUCGAGCUUCUGGAUCAGGUGGAAAGAUGGCAACAGAAGACUGGGAACAAACCAGUCACAGUGCACUGUCUGGAUGGUUCCACGAAGAGUGGCGUGUAUGUAACGGUCAGCUGUGUGGUGGACAAGGUCAAGCUGGAGCAAGGUGUUGAUGUGUUCCAUGUAGUGAAGAAUGUCCGCAUCAACAGACCACAAUUCAUUGCUAAUAUUGAGCAGUAUGACUUCUGCUACACUUUUGCCAAACUGUAUCUAGAUUCAUUUGAGAACUACUCAAAUUUUCAAAUUCGCUAAAAUGUGCCAAAAGGGGAACUGCUGAUAGGCUGAAAAAAGUGCAAAUAUGGAACCUUUGCCAUAAAAACAAAGGCUGAUAAUUGGUACUUGUACUAAGGGUCCAACCUUAUCUUUGAAGUAUCUUCCAGAUGGACAAUUUUGUGUUGGGUACAAAGAAAAAUUUGCAGAAGAGAAAUUUCAUUAAGGUCCUCAACAAUUUCAGAUUACCAUAUUUGAAAAGUUUUAUUAUUACAAGCAUUGAUUUUACUUUCACAUUUAUAGCAUUUGUUCAGAAGUAGUCCCAUGGCAUAAAAGCAUACAAAAUGCCUCUGAGGUAUUAAAAGAGGUUACUUUUAUAGAAAAUGGUACUUAGUGAUAACCGUAAGAUUUAAGGCAAGAAGAGACGGAUAAAUUGCCUCUUGAAUUAUCUUAAUGUGACAAUAGUCACAAACUUUUUAUAUGCAUUGUAUAACUUGUUAGGGAGAAAGGUUUGAAUUGCUCUUGAAAGAAAUGCUAUUAUUGUAAACAAUUUUUGUGAUCACUAUCUUAAAAUUUACAAUUAUUUUUUAAUGUUUAUGAUUAUCAUAACAUAUUGGAAUGUUCCAAAGCUUUUGUAUUUUGUCAGUUUAAUACAAAAAUAUAUGUGAUAUUGGAUAAAAAUAUUUGUAUCUGGGCUACCAUUCCACAAUUACAUUCAGUCAAAUGUUAGUCCUAAGCUUUAAGGUAAAAGACAUUCAGUUUUUGACUAUGAAUUCAGCAACUUUGGUGAAGCAACUUGAACUGUUGACAAAUGGCACAAAAUUUUGAUCAAAUAUUGCUUCAUUAUUGUCAAAUUCUUUUGAACUUGCCUAUACUAUCAAUAAUAUUGCCUGUAUCAUCAAGAAUGUUAUACAGAAAUGUAAUUAGUAGUGAUAUCACAAACAUGCAUAGCACAAACAUAGUGUGAUAUUUCAGGCAUUUAUUAGACCAUAAACUAUAACUGGGCAACCAGUAUGUGUAUAUUUGAUAUUAAUGUACCAAAUAUUAUAUUUUUUUCAAGUCAAGAUUGAUUCUGCCAAAUAAUAUUCCCAGCAUUUAUUUAAAGGUAUAUUUGGUUGAUAACUAACUUUAUAUGUUUUAUAAAUAUUGGUCUAGCAUGGAGUUGUCUUUUAUAACAAAUUGGAAUUUAUAAACCCCCAGUUUUAUUGAAGAAUUGAGCCCAAAACGGAUAUAGAAUUGCUUUACAUGUGUUUUUAUAUUAAGGUGCUGCCAUAAAACUUUCAAUUGAUAAAAACAUUCAUCAGUGUAUUCUAAUAAAAAUGAUGUUGUAAUAAUUGUACAAGAAAAUUUUUUGUAGACAUUAGAUAUUAUUUUUAUACCCUUAUUAGAAUUUUAUAUUGAAAUGGUAAUGAUAGGUUUAGUAUUACAAAAGUAAUCAUGCUUAUCAAAAUUUAAAAUGGUGGCCAUUUUGUAUAAUUUUAGUUAAUAUAGGCCAGGCUGAGUAUUGCUUUAUAGUGUGCUUUUAAGGUGUGUGUAUCUUUUAUUAUUAUUAUUAUUAUUAUUUUGUUAUUAUUUAUUUUUAUUUAUUUAUUUAUUUAUUUUUUUUUUUUUUUUGUAUUCCGGUGCCAAAGAAAGCUUGAUGAGGAUGAGUGCUUUUAGCUUUAUUUAAACUGUAAAAAUAACUUUUUUUACUUUAGGGUGUACGUUUUUUGCUAUCACACUGAAAACUUUUUAAAUCACCUUUUACUAAACCAGAAUUAGGAAGGUCAGGUUUGUGGUGUAUCUUCAUCCAGUAUUUGUGAUUUUAAUGGUGCUAUGCACAUUGUGCCUGAAAAAUUAUAUUUUGCAUGUUGUUUUUUUGUCUUUGCUACAUCAGUUUGUGUAUUGUUUGUUUUGAUAAGGUUCCCAAAAAGACAUUCCUUGAGACUUAAUAUAAAAGGUGUUCCUGCAAAUCAUGAAGCUCACAUGUUAAUUACCACACAAUUGAAUUGGUAGCUUGAUAUGCUAAGAGUCCGUCUUUAGUUAUUGUAAAAUUCUUGAAAAACAUCCUUGUAUUUUGUGAAGUCAUAAAUAGUUUCCAAAACUAUAUAGAGGAGGCACAACGCAUUUGGGUGCAUUUUUCUGAAUCUCUUUAGCUCUUGAGCUUAACAUAGCAGAAGUAUCUGUAAUAUUUUAACAGAAUAAGCAUGACAGAUCAAGGGAGGAAAAUUGGGGGGGGUUGAUUUUAACAAAUUGAAGUGAGUUUAUUGAUACAGGAUGUUUUUACAUAAAAAAAUAUCCAUAGUAUUUUCAACAGAGCAGUUUAAUGGUAGUUCUUAUAUUCUUUGCAUGUCUUAUUUUAUACAUUACUUGUAUAUGCUUUAAAACAUACAGUUUUUGUAAUGUAAACUCUCCUCUAUAUUCUGAAUAAAGUAAUAUUUCAAAUUAUUUGGUCACACAUAAACACUUUGGUACAUAAAUGUUUGAUUCUAAAUAAAUAAAUGGGUACAAAUUUUGAAAAAGUAAAUAAACACAAAGGAA